AUUCAUAUUAUAGAAGCUUCGCAUGCGAAUUGAUAUGUUUUGUUUUUCCUUUAGAACGUGACGGACUAUUCUCCUCGUGAUCUGUAAAGAGAUUUUUUUGCGUAGCGAAAAGGGAUAAGGAGAGAACGAAAUUCCCUGUUUCCCAGCCGACAACCAGUUCGCAUUCUCCGUCUCAGACUCGGAGUCAGAUAUCGUGCUUAUUUUGCUGGUCAAAAAGUAAACAAAGUGUAGGCCUAGUGAGUGGUAGAUCUAUGCAUAGAUGCACUGGCAGUUCCAGCCAAUCGCCUGAUGGUGCUUCGUACAGGGGACAAGGCCAGGCAUAGUGAGUGAGCCCGGCGAACUGGGGAAUGAUAGCACUGGGUAAAUCGCAGAGGAUUGAUUCCCUGAAUGCUGAGUCCAGCAUUAGUACAUUUUUACUGCCACGUUACAUGGAGCCGUUUUCAAGCUGAUGCCCAGCAACUCUGACUGAAUUUGUUGAAAACUUUUUUGAACUAAAUGAUUGGAUCUAGAGUUCUCAGACUCAGUGCUGUUUGUUGGAACAAUAUUAUUAUUUAAUUAUCCAUGUGGAUCAAAUCGCUUCUCAAUAUGAUUCUUUAAUGAAAGAAUGGAACAACAGUGAGUGACUUGCCAUUCACAAGAUUUGGACAAAAUGCCUAUCCAUUUGAACAUGUCACCAAUUCUCUUGCGAAUCCUGAGAAUAUUAUUCAUGAAGCUUCUUGGGACAACUUCGGUUUUGGUCGCUACCGGCUUUAGCAUAUCCCUCCUGCUCCUACUUGCCGUCAUAGACACUGAAAUCUUCCAGGACGACCGGUUCCGGAUGAGCAUCGACCUCGACAACGGUCAUGGGAUCUCAAGAACGUUACCAACAUUGGAUGAUAGAGUGGCGGUGAUUGGUCGACACAAACUUCAGUGGGAACAAGGCACCGAUGCAGCUGAGCAGUUUAUGAAACCCGAAUGGGAUGUGAAACAAUAUGUGGAUGUGUUUAGCCCAGGCCCAGAUUGUUCGGUUAAUCCUCUUCUCCUGUUAAUCGUCACAUCAGCACCUGAAAACAUCAAAAGGAGAACAGCCAUAAGAAAUACAUGGGCACGAUACAGAGACCCUAAAGUCUUGAAUACAACACAUUUCAAGACUGUGUUUUUAAUAGGCAAAACCUCUCCUAUGUUGAAUGAACAGAUUGAAGCAGAAAGUGAAAAGCACAAGGAUAUCCUGAUAGGAGAUUAUGUUGAUAGUUAUCGGAACCUCACUUAUAAAGUCCAGCAUGGGAUGACGUGGGCAGCCGAGUCUUGCCGAUCCCAGUUUGUUCUGAAGACAGAUGACGAUUGCUUUGUCAACACUAAAAUUCUGGUGGAGUUUCUCAUGAGGUAUAAUCAUCAAAUGACAAACUUGUACGUCGGCCACAAGAUGAGGAGUCAGGAGGUGGUGCGAGAUCCUGACAGCAAGUGGUACGUUUCCUGGAAGGACUACCCAAGAGAUUCUUACCCACCGUAUGCCAGCGGAAUAGGGUACCUACUCUCCUCCGAUGUGGUCCAACGGGUCGCCAGACGGACGUUGUUCCAUCACCCAUUCCCGGUCGAGGAUGCCUACAUGGGGGUCCUUGCGGAGGACUUGGGAGUCGGUCUUAGGGACACGCCUCGCUUUGCUCUCUUCAGUACCAAGUGGACCAUGUGCAACUACCUCUAUUUCUUUGUGGUCCAUGACCUGACUCCAGAGCAGCAGUAUGUUUGCCUGAGGUAUGCUGAUGAGAGCGAGAGCACCUGCCAGAAAUCCAAAGACCUGGAGCUUUGGGAAUGAAUGAAAGAUGGUACAUACCUCUUCAGUCUUCAAAUUUGUUGUGUACUAGUCUGCUACUAGAGAGUGAGGACGUCAAUUCUACAAUUAAAUACAACUUGAUUGCAGAAAAUUUCAAUGGCUACAUAUUGAUGAAAUAGAAUUGACAUAUUAUAGGAAGAACAAAAUGGUUUGAAUAUUUUCUAGGUAUCGACUUCAAGAAUGACUUCAAAGAGAUGAUAUCAUAUAUUUUGGAAGUGAAAAUAAUGUAGGCCUACAUGUAUUGAAAUAUAUUGACUCUCUUGUUUUUCUUCCAAAAAUGUUUAUGGUUAGUUGUAAAGUGUGCAUGUACAAAUGUACAAAAGCAUUGGGUUGUAUCAUAAAGAAAGUCUUCCAAAUAUGAAAGCAGCUACAAAACUUUUUCAUGCACAUAGAAAUUUGUACACGUAACUUAUUACAAAAAUCAUUGGCAAGCAACAUAUGUGCUUUAUAUUGUGCAAUAAAUCUGUGUCUAAAACUCUAUCCUGCUCUAUGUCACAGGGUAAAACAGUUUUGUGGUAAACUUUUUAAAUCUCUAUAAAAAAAAAGUGUAAAUGAUUGGCAGGAUGAACUUUAUUCACCUUGUAAGAAUGUUUACCAAAUGCCAGCUAUUUCAUCACACCAGUGUGAUAAAGUUGAUUUAUGCAGUGGGUACAUCCCUGUAGUUGUGCUAUACUACAUGUAAUUUAUGUGUCACAUCCAUAACAUGAUGCUGACUGUUCUUGUAUUUUUAUGCUGUUCCCCCACCCCUCCUUAACCUCUGAAACAAAAUAUAUCUCUGCAUACUUGGCACAUAGCCCCCAGCUGGCUGUCAGCUAGCGGACACAAACAUCAUUUUGACAUUGGCUUUGGGUAAGGGGAGCAUUCCCCUAUAACUAUGAAGUGCUAUGAAUCAUUCUCACGUUUCCUUCAGUAUCCACUGGCCUUCUGUAGGACUAAUUCGAUGAGGCACCCUGCUUCCACUUCUAAACUUUUCGAGUUGAGGGGUUCAACAGGGUAAAGAACGCUUACUUCCGGGCUUAUGUUGUAGGCAGGGUCGCAGACAACAUGUCGGUCGAAUUUCACAGGUCAAAUUCAUGACGUAGUCAUACGGUUACCUUGAACUUAGAAGUUUCAUGAACGAGAUGAGUCAUUACUCUGUUUGUAAAGGGAUGUUUAUUUUACUGAUCUUUUAUAACUACAUGGUGUAUGAAUCAUUUUAUUUCAUAUUAUGGGGGAUAAUGGUGACAGAGUUUGAGUGCAAUGUUUGCAUUCUCCCUGAAUCCCUAUUGUAAGAAAGAAGAAGGCUCGUAAAGCUCACAAAUGUUGUCAAUACAAUGUGCACUGGAGUUUCGUGUAUGAUUCAUGAACAAAAGGAAUGACUGCUAAAAAUAUACAAUCCCGGCCUGGCCCGGGCGGCUGUGGGCGUGAAGGUUUCCUGCUGACUGCUUCCCCCUAACAGAUCAAAUUCUCAAUCUGGUAGCUGACCUCCUACACACUAACUGAAUGAUGUAGGUUAUUACUUGUGUAAUGGAUAUUUAAAUUCUCUCACACUUUGU